UUGCCCAGUUCCCCAGUUCUGGCAGAUUCUGGAAACUGUACAUUGAAGCAGAGAUUAAAGCAAAAAAUUAUGACAAAGUGGAAAAGUUAUUUCAGCGCUGCCUUAUGAAGGUUUUACACAUUGAUUUAUGGAAAUGUUACCUUUCCUAUGUACGAGAAACCAAGGGGAAGCUACCUAGUUACAAAGAAAAAAUGGCUCAGGCAUAUGAUUUUGCUCUGGAUAAGAUUGGCAUGGAAAUCAUGUCAUACCAGAUCUGGGUGGAUUACAUCAAUUUUUUGAAAGGCGUAGAAGCAGUAGGAUCCUAUGCAGAGAACCAGAGGAUCACAGCUGUCCGUAGGGUUUACCAGCGUGGUUGUGUGAACCCCAUGAUAAACAUAGAGCAGCUCUGGAGAGAUUAUAACAAAUACGAAGAGGGCAUCAAUAUUCACUUAGCCAAGAAGAUGAUCGAGGACAGGAGUAGAGAUUAUAUGAAUGCACGACGUGUGGCAAAGGAGUAUGAGACAGUGAUGAAGGGGCUGGACCGCAACGCUCCCUCCGUGCCCCCACAAAACACUCCCCAGGAGGCUCAGCAGGUGGACAUGUGGAAGAAGUACAUCCAGUGGGAAAAGAGCAACCCUCUGAGAACAGAAGAUCAAACUCUCAUAACAAAAAGAGUGAUGUUUGCCUAUGAGCAGUGUCUCUUGGUGCUGGGCCAUCACCCAGACAUCUGGUAUGAAGCAGCUCAGUACCUGGAGCAGUCCAGCAAGCUGCUGGCUGAGAAAGGGGACAUGAACAAUGCUAAACUUUUCAGUGAUGAGGCUGCUAAUAUUUAUGAAAGAGCGAUCAGCACUUUAUUAAAGAAGAAUAUGCUUCUUUAUUUUGCAUAUGCAGAUUAUGAAGAGAGCCGUAUGAAGUAUGAGAAGGUGCACAGCAUCUACAACCGGCUCCUGGCCAUCGAGGACAUCGAUCCCACACUGGUUUAUAUCCAGUACAUGAAAUUUGCCAGGCGAGCAGAAGGCAUUAAAUCCGGAAGGACGAUAUUUAAGAAAGCAAGAGAGGAUGCCCGGACCCGCCACCAUGUCUAUGUUACUGCAGCUUUAAUGGAGUAUUAUUGUAGUAAGGAUAAGUCUGUGGCCUUUAAGAUUUUUGAGCUAGGGCUGAAAAAAUAUGGGGACAUUCCAGAAUAUGUACUGGCAUAUAUCGACUACCUUUCCCACCUUAAUGAGGACAACAAUACAAGAGUUUUGUUUGAACGUGUUUUAACUUCAGGGAGCCUUCCGCCUGAGAAAUCUGGGGAAAUCUGGGCUCGGUUUUUAGCCUUUGAAAGUAACAUUGGGGAUCUGGCCAGCAUCCUGAAAGUGGAAAAACGGAGGUUUACAGCAUUCAAGGAAGAAUAUGAGGGCAAAGAAACAGCUCUGCUGGUGGACAGGUACAAGUUCAUGGAUCUGUACCCUUGCUCUGCCAGUGAGCUGAAGGCCCUUGGUUAUAAGGAUGUCUCCCGUGCCAAGCUAGCAGCAAUAAUUCCAGACCCUGUGGUUGCACCUUCCAUCGUGCCUGUCCUCAAGGAUGAAGUCGACAGGAAACCUGAAUAUCCCAAACCAGACACUCAGCAGAUGAUUCCAUUUCAGCCAAGGCACUUAGCACCUCCAGGUUUACAUCCUGUCCCGGGCGGGGUAUUUCCUGUUCCACCAGCAGCUGUAGUUCUCAUGAAGCUCCUACCACCUCCUAUUUGUUUUCAGGGUCCCUUUGUUCAAGUGGAUGAGCUCAUGGAGAUAUUCAGAAGAUGCAAACUGCCAGACACUGUCGAUGAAGCUGUACGGAUAAUCACGGGCGGCCUGCCUGAAAUAGCUGUGGAAGGCAAUGGACCUGUGGAAAACAACACCAUUCUCAACAAGGCUGUGAAGAGAUCACAUGAGGAUUCUGAUGAUGAUGAGGAGAAAGGAUCUGUAGUUCCCCCUGUACAUGACAUUUACAGAGCACGACAGCAAAAGAGAAUCCGGUGAAACAAGUUUGGAGUUCUGCUGUGACAGACAAAGACUUGCAUUGAAUCAGUCUCUUAAAAGUCAAGCAUUUGAAAAGGACAGCUGCAAACAAAAAAAUCCUUGGAAAUGGUUUUGUUACUGUGGUGCCUCUUCUCCCAUAUGGUUCUUGAUCUGAAAACAGCCCGAACAACCUUAGAAUGUGCUCUGAACAAAACUCGGUUUUCAAAACCAAAAGUGCAAAAUGUCAAAACUGUAUUUUGUUCUUCGAGGGUGUACACAUCUACCACUUGAACUCUUGUGGGUUUUCAACAGUUUUAUUUUAAAAACUGGAUGGCUUAUACUUGUGAAGCAUUUUUAAUUCACAUUUUCUGGAAAACAGUUGUUCUCAGUUUGUUCAUGUAGUGUCCUGCCUUAUUGUUCGUUUUUAUUUAUGGCAGAAUGUAAGGAAUCUGUUUUGUAGUUGAAAAUUAAAAAAAAAACCCAACCAAACAACAACAAAAAACAUUCCUUUAAAAUAAAAGGAUAUCCAUAACA